UAUGACAAGUUAAUAAAAACGUCACUGUACCUAAUAAAUUAUUUUUUAAAAAUUAUUUUAGUAUCACUGUGUUCAAGCAAAGAAAAUAAAAGACCAGCCUUGAAUCUUGAUAAUCUGGAUGAUCAUAACAGCUGGCAAAUAAUCUGGUGGAAGAGGAAGCUACCCGAUAAGAGCAUCCUAUAUAUACCCGUGGGUGCGCCGAAAGGGAACAAAAACGCAACAACGCUGCCAUUUUGGGCUGUUGGAAGCGGAACAACUCGAAGACUUAACUCUCUACCACUAGCUUGUGGCCUCUGUGGCCCCUUCUCCGUCACCGGGUCGCGGUACUACUCUUACUGA